GCCGAUGCUACAAUCAUCCAACAUGUUUAGGAAGUUACGCCCAGCCCCCUUAUUUUGGCCCCCAUUCUUUCUAGGUGAAAGUUAUCCGUGUCAAAGCUGUUCUCAAUUUUAUGUGAAUCAAUAGCAGAUGUCAAGCUUCGCCAGCGCAACGCCCAACUGGAAUGCCUGCUUGAUGUAAGGAGGCAUUGCUUGAAAGAUGACCCGCCAACACAUAGCUAGCCAGGUGCCACAAUAAAACGCAAGCGGUUGCCCCUAUUUCCAUACCUUCUUGAUGUUACUUACUUCCAGUCCCUCGUGUGUAGCUGAGAAUAUCUUGCCCAGUCCAGGAAACCUGGUCUUUUAUAAUGGUCAAAAAAAAGGGCAAGAAGCUCCCGACUAAGGUUGAGCGAGAAAAUUCAACACGAGAAACUAUUCCCGGUGCAGAGCUCCUCGGUGCUCUAGCUAGCUUGCGUUCUGAACCAAAGUAUAGCGACUUGACUAUUUCGUGCGGCAAUGAGUCUUACCUUGUUCAUCGGUGUAUUGUUUGCACGCGGUCCGCUUUCUUUGCCGGAGCUUGUGAUGGAGACUUUAAGGAAGCUUCCACGGGCGUCAUUACGUUGAACGAGGAUCCGGCUCUAGUGAAAAUGAUGAUUCAAUAUCUUUACACCCUGGAUUAUGAUGUCGAGCCUCCUGCUUCAUCUGACAACUGUAUCACCCACGAAGAUACGGUUACUGAGACUUCUGAACUGCCAAUCAUCUCGGAAAACGCGAAUCUGCCUACCGAAACGGAAAGAGAAAGAUCACCAGCCAACGUAACCGAACCUUUCGGUUCGCCGAAUCCAUCCACCAACCAGAAUGCUAAAUAUGACCCUCUUUCAUUUCACAUAUUGAUGUAUUCGCUUGCAGAUCGUCUGUUCAUAGAUGGUCUAAAAGUCCUCGCCGUGGAAUAUGUUGAACAUGAACUAGUCCAGCGAUUGGAUGCGAGUUCCUUCCCACCGGCGAUCUCAGAAAUAUAUCUCUCCACUCCCCCGCAUGACCGAGGUCUUCGGGACUUGGCGAUAAGGAUUACCAUGAAACACAUGGCGACAUUGAGGAAUUCGACUGAAACAACCACUGCCGCUUUGCAGAACAGUCUUCUAGAAUCUGUUCCUCAAUAUUCACAUGACCUGCUCGUCGCUAUGAUUAAUAGGUCUAUGGCUGUUUGGAAUCGAGGCAAUACGAUAAAUAGCAAUUGGGUUGAGAAAAAGCUGACGGGGUGGGAUUAGAUCCUGGCUAUUGGUGAUGAGUGACCCUCUGUGAUUUGUAGAAUUGUCGACUUGAUUAAGAAUUUAAACCCAAGAUCAGCCUUUAAUGCUAUCAUCAUGUAUCUUGACGCACAAAGGGUUCUUCAAAGUGGCUAAAACUGUCGGUCAUGUGAUUAGCCUUACUGCGACUUCAUCAAUGGUGAC